GUUUUAACAAGUAGCGCGACGCCAUAUUUUCAUCUUUGUUCGUUGUUGCUGAUUCGCACCAAAUUAUUUGCCGUCUCGAUGCCGCCCAAAAAGAAGACCAAUGAGAUAGUAACACGGGGUCGUAGUAAGUCAACUAGUCGGAGUACUUCAAAAAUUCGUGCACGAACCCCAAGCUCUGCACGGUCUCGAUCAAAAACCCCUACUAGGCGAGCGCGUACGCCCGCCUCUGAGUCCAAGGUGAGACGUAGACGUUCUCCGAGCCUUGAUCCAAGUGAAGAAUCUAUCAAAAGUGUUACAAAAACAACCCAGUAUACUGAGACUGUUUUUGACCGUCCUGUUCAAACUGACGUAUUAAAAUCAUUGCCUCUAAACCAUGGACUGUCUCGUUUUUCCCAAAAAAUUAUCAAGAAAAUAGAAACUGAAAAACCAACUCAUUUCUAUCAAGAAGGACCAGUUCACAAGCCGGAAGCGAUCCAACCACACAAACCAGUAACACUAAAUCCACUCUUAACAAGUUAUCGUAAAACGUUGUUUAGUCCAACUGUUGUUGCCAUUAUUCAAGUACUGUUCAUUGUACCAUUUGUUUACUGGCUGAACCUUCUGAUAUUUGCACCCGUUUCAGUAAGCAAUUUUUCUGGAGAAAAUAAAAGCUUAUGGGAAUCUACGUAUCCAUUAAUUGAAAUUCUUUGGCCAACUGGAGAUAAUAAAAGUUUGUGGGGUCCUGCACGUCCACUCCUUGGAGUUCUUUGGCCAACUGACUGGCACAACUACAUCAAUAUCCAGAGUUCCGUGCUUGUUUUUAUGUAUCUUCUGUUGCAGUGUCUAGUUGCUCGUUUUCUCCCUAUUGGUCGAAUUGUUACAACAGGGCUACGAAAUAUCGACUACCGCUGUAAUAGUCUGAUAUCUUUUAUCAUCUUCAUUGGGUUGUUUGCUUUCGCUGAAAUUUCCGAGUGUACUACAAUCAGAAACUUAAAACCAAGUGAAAUGCUCCCAAACCUGUGGCUCAGUUUACUGACUUCAUCUUGUUUGGCGUCUCUUUUUUUGUCGUUGGUUGCAUAUUUCGCCUCUAAGACAGUUGUACGUUAUACAAGACAAUCAGCGGCCAAAACAAGUAGUAUUUUCCUUGAUUUUUGGUGUGGUCGUCACGUACGACCCCAGUGGUUUGGUAUUGAUUGGAAAAUGACUGUAACACGGUCGGGAUUGAUGGCAUUGCCCUUAAUAGACUUAACGUAUAUAUUCAGACAGUAUGAGCAAUAUGAACGCAUUAGCCCGGCUCUUGCUGCGCAUGCUCUUAUGCACGCUUUAUGGGUGCUUGACUUCUUCAUCUUCGAGAAUGCCUUCUCCUUUACUUACGAAGCGCAAUCCGUAACAUUUGGUUCUUGCUUUAUUAUCAGUCGACUGGUCGCUUUACCUUUCGUAUAUUCCAUAACAACUUCAUACUUGUCUUCAAGACCUGAUGUUGGCAGACAGCUAACUAGUUCUUCAAAGCAUAGUUGUAAUGCCUGGAUUAUGGGGAUUGCUAUUGUUUUAUUUUUACUGGGAUUAUGGAUUCAUCGUAGAUCAAACAACCAGAAAGAUAGAUUCAGACGUGAUCCUCAUGAUCCAUCGUUUGCUAGUGCUGAAAUAAUUGUUGGACCAGGUGCUCAACGGUUACUAGUUUCAGGUUUUUGGGGUCAUGUUCGCCACCCAAAUUAUGUGGGUUACAUUAUUAUGGCCAUGGCAAUGCAGGUUCCAUGCGGUUUCGACUCUCCACUGUUAUGGGGGAUUUCCGCUAUCACAAUUCUCAACAUUAUUCAUCGUUCCAUAGUUGUGGAGGAUGCUUGUUUAAGAAAACAUGGUCCAGCAUGGCAAAAGUACACAGCCUUGGUGCCGUAUCGAUUCAUACCUAAAGUUUUUUAAUUACUACUUAUUUCAUAAUAUUUAUUGCAUUUAUGUCAGUGUGUUUUAUAUAUUUUUCGCUCAAUGGUCAAUUCUUAUAAAUUUUAAUGUUUUUAGAUUUAUGCUUUUUGUUUCAUGUAAACUUUUAGAAUUCUUCAAAUUGGCAGCAUUUAUGUAUCAAAGUUUUGUUAUUACAAUCUAUUAGGUGUACAGUUUUCUAUUUAACCUUUUUUACUCCCAAUGUUUUGUCCUAAUAAUAAGUCGAUGUUUUUUAAUCUAAUUGCUUAUCCCCAUAAAGAAUUAAAAAAGAACAAUAUAGCUUUUUAAAAAUCUAUAAAGGGCUAAAAGCAAAUUUUGAGCGUAUAUUCGUAACUCAGAGGUAAACUGCAACUGUGGAUUCAUGAACUGUUUGUAACCAAAAAGAAAGCAAAUUUAGGAUAUGUAUAUAUUGGUCAUCCUUCAAUCGGUUUGUAGAAAAGAGUUGACACGAAUUUCUGCCUGAAGCGUGUGAUUACACUGAGCACAAUUACACCGUCCUGAGGAAAAAUAAAAGUAAUAAGAAAUAUCUGAUCCAAGCAUCCAUUUUUGAACUUGUUAAAGAGAGGGGACGUUAAAUACCUCAAUUGUUGUGUGGAGUAAUAAGUAUAGCUUCCGUCGCUUUAUAGAAAACUUCAGCAAAGUACAAAUAUUGUAUGUGGUUACUAUUAGAGUACUGCAUUUUCCUAGAUAAUCAGUUAAAGCUCUGGAAACUCGAGUUGUCUCCUGCAAUUGGAAGUUAUCCAGACCAUAGUUCUAACAGUCCCAUUCGCUUGUAUUAUAGGCAUUUUAUACAAUGUAAAAUAAACGAAUGAGAUUGCAAACAUGUACAACUACUGACAUUGUUCAACAGUCGGGUGCGUACAUACCACUAAUACGCUUAAAUAACAGGUCACUGCAUAUUGUUUGUCCGCAAGAAUUAACAUGUAAUCUCUAUCGAUACAGAUAUUCACUGGGUAAAAAGAAUAAGCAAACUAAUAUGUAGAGAUGCGUGCUACGAACACUAGGUAAACGAAACUACUCACCUUUAUCGAGAGGGCAUACAGGUGGUUGACAAUUACAUGAUUUGGUUGUGGCAGCAGAUUAGGGUCACAAUGGGUGUUUGUAUCCAUAUUUAAAAUACCCUGAAAUUAAUUUUUCAUAAAAGAACAAGUAGUGUUAUAGACAGGGGAUUCUAAUUGGUACAUUAAAAUAUUCUGUUACAAUAAGCUGUGAAUUGGUGUAUUUCCAAACAUCACCGUCAACCGAGACCUCUUGUCGAUGGUUGCAUUUUAAACCUGGUAUAACCAUUAAAGAUGAUUCAUACAGACAAUGUAGAAGUUCAGUUAAAAUUACUUAAGUCACAUUUGCAUAUUCAGCGCAAAUUUACAGUAACGACUGCAUGGCAUUACCAUGUUUUACAAUAUAAUUAACCUAAAGCAACCUGGAUCAGAGAACUAAUUGAACAACGCUGUCAGUUGGAAGUGAACAGUAGGUUAGCUGCAUUUCUAUGGUUCUAAUUUCAACAUUACCAUUUUGAAGUGCCUUAGUCAUUAUGCAGUAAUAACUUAAACACAUCCAACUUCACGAGGGUUUGUGAAAGCAUCGUAAUCCGUAGAUUUAUGGAAUGAUGAGUCAAUUCUAAAUACAUUGCAUGGCAUUCCAAUCCCAAAGAAUAAGAUCACUAGUGUGCGUCAAUCUUUUUUAAUUCCAAGAAAACAAUGUCGAAAUAACUGCCUCGAGAUCUGGUGUACGUUUUACAGACCAGCAUUUCUUCACUGCCGAUAAUUGAGAUAUUCAAUAGAAUUGAGUGAGGAUUCAUUCGAGUUACUACGCUUAUCAGGAUAGAGAGAGAUCAUAAAUAAUAUUCAUUGCGUUAAAAAGCGAAUAAGUAUUUAAUAUGUAGGGAAAGGUAGCAAGUCAACACAAGUAGGUCAUCCCAAUCGGUGUUGCUUGAUACCAUCUAAAUUGCAAUUAUCCCGUAAAAUUCAAUCCAUCGAUGAUAGUUUCAAGUUCAUUGAAUCUAUGGUCUAAUACUGUCCAUUUCGACGUUACCUUCCAAACUCUUGAGUAAGACAAAAUGGUAGGUUAGCGUAUAGGCAGUGGAAUAUCACAUUAACGAACAACUACAGCCUGCUCAAUCGAGUAAUUAAAAUUCAAACAAUAACC